ACUUGUGAAUCCGUACUGCUGGGACCUUGAAAAAGGGGACAUACCCCAAAAGAUUGUCCUGAAAAAUUGUGUUAGUGCAAAUAAAAAAAUAUUUACGUACAUUACUCUAUUGUUUGAGUGUCAGAGAAUUUAAAUUUCUUUUCUCUCUUCUGCUUUCAGUCAUGGCGUGUGCGGAUCUGAGGAAGGAGUUGAAAUGUUCCAUCUGUCUGGACAUUUAUAGAGAUCCUGUAACCCUGAAAUGUGGACACAACUUCUGCCGGGACUGUAUUGGUCGUGUGUUUGGUACUAGGGUGAGGUCUGGAGGUUAUUCUUGUCCUGAAUGCAGAGAAAGGUUUAAAAAUCGGCCUGCACUGGGGAGGAACACAACACUACGUAACAUCGUGGAGAAUUUGCUGUCCACCCAUCCAGAUCAGAAGUUAUCCGGGGUCUUCUGUAUUUACUGUAUUCACACUCCUGUACCUGCUGUGAUAUCCUGUCUGAUGUGUGAAGCUUCUCUGUGUGACAAUCACCUGAGAGUCCACAGCAAGUCACCAGAACACGUCUUAUGUGACCUCACCACUUCCCUGGAGAACAGGAAAUGCUCCGUCCAUAAGAAGAUCCUGGAGUAUUACUGCACUGAGGACUCCUCCUGUAUCUGUGUGUCCUGCAGGCUGGAUGGAGAACAUCGGGGACACCAGGUGGAGACUGUGGAUGAGGCCUCUGAGAUGAAGAAGAAGAAACUGAGGAAUGUUCUGCAGAAACUGAUGACAGAGAGAGAGGAGAUGGAGAAAAAAGUCCAGAGUCUGCAGGAACACAGGAGGAAAGUACAAGGAAAAGCAGAUGAUGAAACAGAGAGAGUCAUUGUCCUGUUCAGAGACCUCAGGAGACGUCUGGAAGAUCUGGAGAAGAGAGUCCUGAGUGAGAUCUCUGGUCAGGCAGAGCGGAUCUCUGUUUUAAUCAAUAAUCUGGUCGAGGAUCUGGAAAUAAAGAAGGAGGAGCUGUCCAGUAAGAUGGGGGACAUUGAGGAGCUGUGUAACAUGACGGAUCCACUGACUGUCCUCCUGGAAUCAGACACAGGUGACUUGUGUGAUACGGAGGAUGGAGAUAAUGAGGACAGAGAGAGACGUGAUAAACUCCUCCAUGAUGGAGGGGAUCUGGAUGUGGCGGGGAUCUCACACACAUUACACACAGGUUUAUCUGAUAUCAUGUCUGGGUUAAGUGUAGAGAAAUGUACAGGCACAGAGGUCUAUCCACAUUCUACUACAAAGGGCGAAGGUCCCACCAAUGAUGAACCAUCCAGGAGAUGUCCCCAAACCUCCCCCACCAUACAACCAUCAGGCACACAUGUCUAUCCACAUUCUAUUACAAAGGGCGAAGGUCCCACCAAUGAUGAACCAUCCAGGAGAUGUCCCCAACCCUCCCCCACCAUACAACCAUCCAGGAGACGUCUCCAACCCUCCCCCACCAUACAACACUCACACCGCCAGGCUGGAGGACCAGAUAUUGGGGCUGUACAGCAAACAUCGGGGGUUACAGACAUAUUACUGGAUGCGAGGACAUCUGGUAAUAAUCUCCAUAUAUCAGAUGACAGGAAAACUGCAUCCUACUCAUCAUCACAUCAGAAUCGCCCAAAAACACCAGAGAGAUUUUGGUAUUCUCAGGUGAUGAGCAGUCAGAGUUUCUCCUCAGGCAGACAUUACUGGGAAGUGGAUGUUGGGGGGUCAGAUCGGUGUAGAGUCGGGAUGUGUUACCACAGUAUAGGCAGGAGAGGACGUCAGUCACUGAUUGGAUAUAAUAAGAAGUCCUGGGGUCUGGAGAUAAGGUGGGGGGAUAAUCUGUACUCAGUAAAACAUAACAGUAAGAACAUCCUAUUACUCAGCGGUGUCUCCAGUAACAGAGUCAGGAUAGAUCUGGAUUAUGAGGCCGGGCGGAUCUCCUUUUAUGAUCUGUGUAACCCGAUCCGACAUCUCCACACCUUCAACACCACCUUCACUGAGCCUCUCCAUGCUGGGAUAGGUGUAUGUGAUGGUUGUAUAAAGAUAUCUGGGGGGAAUCAAAUGUGAGAAAUCUGCCCAGUUACUGGUGACAUCACAGGGUGGAGAAUCUGAUUGGUGAAAUUCUCAGCCAAUAGGAGGAAGCAGUGGAAAAGAACUAACAUCUAGGGCCAUCAUCUUCAUCCUCAUCCUCACUUCACUACCUAGUGUGUCACUGACCAGAAACAAGCAUGCAGGAGGUCAGAUUGUUCAGACUUCACUGGUUGCAUGCUUGUUCUGGGUCAGUGACAUAUGAGGUAGUGUAGCCAGGAUUGAGAUGGCAGCCAUGGAGCCUGAACCUUUACAGUGUAUCUAUAGCCAUACUUUAUUUUUUGGUAGUCGGGAAAGACUAGAACCUCUCAGUUUUUUGGGAUUUUUUUUUUUUUUGACUGUUAAUCAAAAAAAUAAAAAAAAUUACCAGACAAGAAGUGAGAGGAACUCUGACAGCAACACAUACAGUAAUAUAAGUUAUUUUCUUUAGUAAAAUCAAGGAAGGUUAUAACCAAUGUCAAGUUUUUUUUUUUUUUCCUAUGUCCUAAUUUCAGAUUUUCCUUAAUAUCCUGUCUGGUAAAAGGUUGUCCCCAUGACAGGAAGUGAGAGGGAUCUCUCCAAUGGAGCCUUGGAUAGCAAAAAAAAUUGACAGUGGUUCUAAUCUUCUAAAAAUCUGGAAAAAUAGGUUCUGUCUGGACACACAAUUUACAAUCCACAAGGAUCAUUCCUAAAUUUCUGUCCUCACAGGUUACUUUAUAUGACAAGUCCUGGUAUCUGUGAUUGCUCCUCCUCCCCGUCACUCUGAUUGGCUGUAAAAAUUGUCACUAAUUAUACAGCCAGUGCUAGUCUUGUUCCUAUUGGUUAUGAUGUACGGGGGG